GUAUGCAAUAGAGAUGAGAUACAUGUCUACGUUGACCUGCAGCGAGAAGAGAGAAAGCGUAGCAGUAGUUGCAUGAAGGAGAUGAUGAUGGGUCUCUUACAAUUACAGGAUCCGCCAUGGUCGCAGCUUCGGACACCUUUGUCUGAUUUCCUCUUUCUUUGGAUUCCACUUCUCAUGGGACUGAGUCGAACUUCAAGACCUGUUCUUCCAUCCAAAUCUCCAUUUCAUAGUCCCUCACAUUCUCGCUCUAAAACCAUGAAGACAACACAGAUCUUUGGUGUGUCUCUGUCGCUCAUUCUUAUCAACUUGGCUGCUAUUAUGGAGCGUGCAGAUGAAAACCUUCUUCCAUCUGUCUACAAAGAAGUUAGUGAAACAUUUAAUGCAGGACCAUCUGAUUUGGGUUACCUCACAUUCAUAAGGAACUUUGUUCAGGGAUUGUCAUCUCCUCUGGCUGGUAUACUUGUUAUCAACUAUGAUCGCCCAACAAUUCUUGCUGUGGGCACUUUCUGCUGGGCUUUAUCUACAGCUGCUGUGGGUGUUUGCCACGAUUUUCUUCAGGUUGCAUUCUGGAGAGCAAUAAAUGGCUUUGGUUUGGCAAUUGUGAUUCCAGCACUUCAGUCUUUCAUUGCUGAUAGCUACAAGGAUGGAGUGAGAGGAACUGGAUUUGGAUUGCUGAGCCUUAUUGGUAACUUAGGAGGCAUAGGAGGUGGUGUUUUGGCUACUGUCAUGGCUGGACAACAGUUUUGGGGCAUUCAAGGAUGGAGAUGUGCCUUCAUUUUGAUGGCAACUUUGAGUGCAUUAAUUGGAUUCCUUGUUUUACUAUACGUUGUUGAUCCAAGAAAAAGACUUCCCGCCACUCGUGAUGCUCUUGAGAGUUCAGACAGGGUUGACUCUAUCUAUAAAGGCAAUGCUAGUGCAGCGUCAGUUUGGAUUGAUUCUUGGGCAGCCACGAAAGCAGUGAUCAAAGUGCAAACAUUUCAAAUAAUUGUCUUACAAGGCAUUAUUGGGUCACUGCCAUGGACUGCCAUGGUGUUCUUCACAAUGUGGUUCGAACUAAUUGGUUUUGAUAACAAUACGUCAGCAACUCUCCUGAGUCUUUUUGCUAUUGGAUGUGCUAUGGGCUCCUUCAUUGGUGGAUCAAUAGCUGAUCAAUUAUCACAAGUGUACCCUCAUUCUGCUCGUAUCAUGUGCGCACAGUUUAGUGCCUUUAUGGGCAUUCCAUUCUCAUGGAUUCUUCUUAAGGUGAUCCCUCAGUCAGUAAGUAGUUUCCUUACCUUCUCUGUCACCCUCUUUAUAAUGGGUCUGACUAUCAGCUGGAACGGUGCGGCUGCCAAUGCUCCUAUGUUUGCUGAGGUAGUUCCCGUCAAACACCGUACCAUGAUUUAUGCAUUUGAUCGAGCUUUCGAGGGCUCGUUUUCUUCUAUUGCGGCUCCUUUGGUUGGGAUUCUUUCUGAGAAAAUGUUUGGUUAUGACUCAAAGUCUGUUGAUCGCAUCAAAGGAUCUACACCAGAGGCUCUUGCCUUGUCAAAGGGCCUUCUUUCAAUGAUGGCUGUUCCAUUUGGAUUGUGUUGUUUAUGCUACACCCCUCUAUAUUACGUAUUUAAGCGGGACCGUGAAAAUGCUAGAAUGGUUGCAGUGAAAGAGGAGGAGAUGAUGUGAUAAUCACUUUUUUUAAGAGGCCCUCUGACUAUCCUCUGCUUGUGAAUUGGGUCCCUAUUUGAAUGGAGCUUAGAGCUCCAAGAAAACGUGCUAUCAUCUUCCCCAGUACACACAACUUUUGAAACCAACUUCGAUCAUUUGUUUUCUAUUCGAAGAAUCCAGAUUAACCUACAUUCGUGGUUCUGUCAUGUCGAGGCUUCUUACUGAGGAUUGUACUCCUUCUGACUUGAGCCAUUGCUUAUUCUUGAGAUGUCAUAUCUAGCGGAGCGGAUCGGAAAUAUCAUUCAUGCACACGUCUUAUUAGCUACAAUACAAACUUAAAAACAUAUUCAGGAUAAGGAAACUCAUGCUCAUACUGUUUUUUGGGAAGAUCAUUUUGAUUUCCUACAAUUGUACACUGUAAAAUACACAAGUAAAUUUGCAUUUUUUAUUCGACUAAA